UUGGGGUUUGGCUUCACCUUUGUCUAUUAAUAAUGCCAUUUUCAUGUGGGUAAAAGGGAAUACCUCUGUAUACCUCCAUGGCCACAACUACCUCCUUUUGAGCUCUGCCACGUCGUCUUGUUUCCCCAGGUAUUGAAGCUUAUACUUCAUCGCGUGUCGCCUUCACUUGGCUCGGGGAAGGAGGCUUGAGUUCUGGGAAGAGAAGUUGAAGGAGGAAAGUGAGGGGAAGUGAGGGAAAGUGAGAGGAACUGAGGGAGAGAUGUGGUGAAGAGCGCUAUUUGCUGCCAAGUUUUGGGAGCUGAGCGACGUCGAUGCAGUGAAUCGAGGGUGGGGAUAGGGGGAUUGGGUGGUAGGGGUGGUUUUCUUUGGUUGUUCGAGGAUUGAGAAUCUCAGCGUUUUCAUACGGAAUUAACGAACUAUUUGUGAUUUUAUGUUUGUGUGUUGGAGACUCUGGGAAUUGAGGUUUCUAGAGUUUUGUCUGGAGCUUCGAGGGUUUUGUGACUUGCGAAUUGAGAAUUUCUUUGUUUUGGUGAUUGUUUGAAGCGAUGAUGGCGGUUAGUUCGAGCUGUAAGGAUGCGAAAAUGGCGUUGGACAAUGGGAAGUAUGUUAGGUACACGCCCGAGCAGGUCGAAGCGCUCGAGAGGUUGUAUCACGACUGCCCGAAACCCAGCUCGCUUCGCCGGCAGCAGCUUAUCAGGGAAUGCCCAAUUCUCUCCAACAUCGAGCCCAAGCAGAUUAAAGUUUGGUUUCAGAACCGAAGAUGCAGAGAAAAGCAGCGGAAGGAGGCGUCACGCCUCCAAGCUGUGAAUAGGAAGCUAACAGCCAUGAAUAAGCUGUUAAUGGAGGAGAAUGAUAGGUUGCAGAAGCAGGUGUCACAGCUGGUGUAUGAGAACAGUUUUUUCCGCCAACAAACUCAGAAUGCGACCCUUGCCACCACAGACACCAGUUGUGAAUCGGUGGUGACGAGUGGUCAACACCAUUUGACUCCUCAGCAUCCACCAAGGGAUGCCAGUCCUGCAGGACUUUUGUCUAUUGCAGAGGAGACUUUAACAGAGUUUCUUUCAAAGGCCACUGGAACUGCUGUGGAGUGGGUCCAAAUGCCUGGGAUGAAGCCUGGUCCGGAUUCCAUUGGAAUCGUUGCUAUUUCUCAUGGUUGCACUGGAGUGGCAGCACGCGCAUGCGGCCUUGUCAGUCUAGAGCCAACAAGAGUCGCAGAAAUCCUCAAAGAUUGGCCUUCAUGGUAUCGUGAGUGCCGCAAUGUGGAUGUUCUUAAUGUGUUGUCUACUGGAAAUGGUGGAACCAUAGAACUGCUUUACAUGCAGCUCUAUGCGCCUACAACUUUGGCACCAGCUCGUGACUUCUGGUUGCUCCGUUAUACAUCUGUUUUGGAGGAUGGGAGUCUUGUGGUCUGUGAAAGGUCACUUAACAACACUCAGAAUGGCCCAAGUAUGCCACCGGUGCAGUAUUUUGUGAGAGCUGAAAAGCUACCAAGUGGGUAUUUGAUAAGACCCUGUGAAGGGGGUGGAUCAAUCAUUCAUAUAGUUGAUCAUAUGGAUUUAGAGCCAUGGAGUGUACCUGAAGUGUUGCGCCCUCUCUAUGAGUCAUCAACAUUGCUUGCUCAGAAGACCACAAUGGCGGCUUUACGCCAACUGAGGCAGAUAUCUCAAGAGGUUUCCCAGCCAACAAAUACUGGUUGGGGAAGAAGGCCUGCAGCUCUGCGUGCACUUGGCCAGAGGCUAACCAAGGGUUUUAAUGAAGCUGUUAAUGGGUUUACGGAUGAAGGAUGGUCUAUGAUGGAAAGUGAUGGUAUUGAUGAUGUUACCCUUCUUGUGAACUCCUCUCCUGCGAAAAUGAUGGGAGUAAAUCUUUCUUAUGCCAGUGGAUUUCCAUCUAUGAGCAAUGCAGUGCUGUGUGCCAAAGCAUCUAUGCUUUUACAGAAUGUGCCUCCUGCAAUACUUCUUAGAUUCUUGAGGGAACACCGAUCAGAAUGGGCAGACAGCAGUAUUGAUGCUUAUUCUGCGGCUGCUGUUAAAGCUGGCCCCUGUACCUUACCAGUGUCUCGAGCUGGAGGUUAUGGGGGUCAGGUCAUUCUCCCACUGGCUCACACUAUUGAGCAUGAAGAGUUCAUGGAGGUCAUUAAACUUGAAAAUGUUGAUCACUAUCGGGAAGACCUGAUGAUGUCUGGAGAUGUCUUCCUCUUGCAACUUUGUAGUGGAGUGGACGAUAAUGCUGUGGGCACCUGUUCUGAACUCAUCUUUGCUCCAAUUGAUGCCUCUUUCUCUGAUGAUGCACCUCUUCUUCCUUCUGGUUUUCGAAUUAUUCCCCUUGAUUCUGGGGUGGAUGGCUCUAGUCCAAAUCGUACCCUCGACCUUGCUUCUUCUCUUGAAGUUGGGCCAGCUGGAAACAAGGCAUCUAGUGACAACUCUGGGCACACUGGGAGCGCAAAAUCUGUGAUGACAAUAUCAUUUCAAUUUGCGUUUGAAAUGCACCUUCAAGAAAAUGUGGCAUCCAUGGCUCGGCAGUAUGUCCGCAGUAUCAUAUCAUCUGUUCAGAGAGUGGCAUUAGCACUCUCUCCUUCUCGAUUUGGCCCUCAAAUGGGUUUUCGCCCACUGCCAGGCACUCCUGAGGCGCACACACUUGCUCGGUGGAUCUGUCAGAGCUAUAGGUGCUAUUUGGGAGUGGAGCUGCUCAAACCCAGUAAUGAAGGAAAUGAAUCCAUUCUCAAAACUCUCUGGCAUCACUCUGAUGCUGUCAUGUGCUGCUCAUUAAAGGCACUGCCAGUUUUUACAUUUGCAAAUCAGGCAGGGCUUGACAUGCUUGAGACAACCUUAGUAGCCCUUCAGGAUAUAACUCUGGAGAAGACCUUUGAUGACAAUGGAAGAAAGACCCUCUGCUCUGAGUUCCCACAGAUAAUGCAGCAGGGUUUUGUGUGUCUUCAAGGUGGUGUUUGCUUGUCUAGCAUGGGGAGGCCGGUCUCCUACGAGAGAGCAGUGGCUUGGAAGGUGUUGACCGAAGAGGACAAUGCUCAUUGCAUAUGCUUCAUGUUCAUCAACUGGUCUUUCGUUUGAAACCUUAACAUAGGAUUCAGAAAAGAAAGGAAAUGAAAAGAAACUAGAUUAGUACACUCUUUUUUGUUCUUUUGGUAUGGAGAGAGACCUUGAAAUGCCUGAAUACUGUGUCUAAGCGUUAAGCAAAGCUACACCAAAGCAUCUGUAGCACCCUCUUUUUGUCAUCCAACUCUGUAUUUUGCCUUUUCCUUUAUCUAUGAAUAUUUAGGCCACUGCCUGUCUCUUUAUAUAAUCUAUUCUCCUCUUUUUUCCUUCAGGAUG